AUGUUGGAGCUAUUAGAGGAUUCCGAAACCUACAAGAAGCUAGACCGGGACCCAACAACCAAGUUCCAGAACCAGAACAAUGCACUGGUAGUACGAUUGCAGAAUCUUGGUUUGAUAGAUGAACGCACUGCGAGGUGUCUCAAAUCUAGGACAGCGGUUAGUCCGAGGAUAUAUGGCUUGCCAAAAGCCCACAAGCCCAAUCUCCCACUUCGCCCAGUGGUCCCCACGAUGACUGCGCCAACAUACGAGCUGUCCAAAUUUCUUUCGAACAUCCUACAGCAAUCUGUAAACAACACGUACAGCAUAAGGAAUUCGGAGGAAUUUUGCGAAUUUAUCAACAGCAGCACUGUGGGGCCAGGAUACGCAAUGGUAUCCUUUGAUGUGGUGUCACUAUUUACAAACAUCCCACUGGAAUUAGUGAGGAAAGGCAUCCUGAACCAGUGGAACAACAUAAAGGAACACACCAACAUUAACCUGGACCUAUUCCUGGAGAUCGUGGUUUUUGUCAUCGAGGCUAGCUAUUUCGUAUUCCAACAGAAACACUACCAACAAAUCUCUGGCACAGCAAUGGGUAACCCUCUUUCGCCCGUGUUAGCAGAAAUCGUCACCGGCGAACUGAUAAAUGCAGUGUUAUCCAAACUAGGUGUGCACAUUCCAAUCCUGAAAAAGUUUGUUGACGACUUUUUCAUCGUUAUUCCGGCCAACGAAGUUGAUACAGUUUUGGGUGCAUUCAACGGCUAUCACCCAAAACUGCAAUUCACGGUCGAAUACGAGGUGGACGGCAGGCUACCAUUCCUCGACAUGGUCGUUGUUCGCAACGAAGACCAAUCUUUCUCCACUGAUUGGUUCAUGAAGCCCAUCGCAUCUGGACGGAUCCUUAAUUACUUCUCGCUGCAUCCAAAACACCUAAAAAUAAAUGUGGCAUACAACUUCGUCAAAAAGGUAAACACCCUUUCGACGAUCAAAACGGAGCAACAGAAAAAGGAGACGACUGAUUAA